AUAUGAAUAGUUAAUCUUCAAAUUUAUCAUAACAAGGAAGUACACUUAAACAUCGAUUUACAACGCGAUAUGGACAGAGUUUACUUCCUCAUAAAGUUAAUUCGAAUCUUUAGUACCAUAAAGGACAAGCAAUAAUGUGGAUUAAUAAACUUGUGUGUGUGUUUAUACUUGCUGCAGUAACAGUGAAUGCUGAAAGUUACUAUGAAAGCGAAAGUGAUACUAUAUGGAGAGAUGUUACGUGCAAGUUGGGAGAACCGCAGCUAAGUUAUAAUAACGGAUUGUUCGAGGUGAACGAAACAUGGUCAAGUACCGGCGACGUUUGGAUAGGAUACCUUUAUGCUAAGGUUCCAUUUUUACUAUUGGGUUGUGCCAGGUUGCAGAGCGUGAACGGAGUAUACGUUAACAAAACCUCUGACUGUUUUACAAUCUGUAAAGGUGGAACAUUUGGAAUUCAAAGGACAAGGCAGGCGCCGUUAGGUUUGCUGUGCAUAUGCGGUACGGGAUCUUUGGACACAUCUGAAUCAAGUUGCAUUGGUGGAGACAAAACCAGCCUUUGCAAUAAAUGUUUUGAGAUUUACACCCAGAUAAACGUUAACGCAUCACAUGUAAUUGGCUCUGAUAAUGGAUCCGGAGGAGAUUGUCUGACGUAUUAUUACCCAAAUUUUAAGUGGCAACCGUGUUCAAGACCAGAUUUUAUUCCCUCCUUGUGUAGUAAUGCGACAUAUGCAGAUCCUAAAGCAACUGCUACGAUCAUAGUAGAACAUCGAAAUGGUCAAUGGUCGACUGGGAAUAAAUUAUGCAUAACAAAUGGACUGCAUCCAUCAUUUGUUCGCAGCAUAACGAAUAGCGUCUUUGGUGACCCUCAAAGACAAGACUACUGGACCGGAAUUAUCAGAUCAAACAUUCUUAUGAAACUCUCUAUGAAAGACUUGUUUUCCCGAUUUUCAACCGAAAGGUAUGUGUUUUUAUCAACGAGCAACAACAUACUUCAGGUCUCAAACAAUGCUGACACCAAAAGAGCUCUUUGUGUAAAAGGAUCUGAAAGCACGUCUCAACACACACAAACGUCCAUUUAUACUACGACAGUUGGCGCUAAAAGUAGCUUGCCAACGACACAAAUGUUUACGACGUUAGAAACGGAUUAUGAUUCGCCGGCCAGUAAUGAAGGAAGACAUGCAGAAAGCGGAAACACCCAGUCGGAAAUGUCAACCGCCCUGAGGAUAGGUAUCGGUGUUUUGGUCGGUGUCCUGUUUCUCGUUGGAGGAGCCUUAGUUCUUGCUGUACUCAAAAGAAGGGGAAUAUUGUAUUGCAUUCGGAAAACAGGAAACAAUACACACUUUCAAGAUGAAACUGCAUUCAAAGAAAAUAUGACAUACGGGAAAAACAUUGAGGACAAUGUGGCUCAGCACAAUUAUUUUAUUCUAGAGAAAUGUGCGCUUUCAAUUAGCAACAACGUUGAUCAUUGCAAUGAAUCUAAUAAAGCAAACGUGAACGAUAAUUAUAAUACAAUAUAUGAGGCAGAAGAACCCUAUGAACACGUGAAAGAUGAGAGCAGUGACUAUGAUCACACAACACCUGCCUUACAAUUAGUAUCUCAUACCAGCAAACCUGAAAAUGUAUACAAUAAACUCAAGAUGGACCGACCAGGGGAGAAUGUCCUUGGACAGAGACACGGACAUAUCGUGGUCCAAAGUUCAGAAGACGACUACAAUACAACUUCAGCAGUAAUGUCCCUUGGGAAGGAUGACGUUAGUGACUAUAAUCAUAUACCACACAAUGCUUAUAAAGCAGCUACAACAGAUGAUGAAAUCAAAGGUGAUAACGGUGGCAACUACAAUGCAAUUAAUAGUAUGAAAUUAACAGUCGCCCAAUCAGACGAUUCUGACUAUGCACACGUUAACAAGAAUCGAAUAAAAUAAGAAUCCUACAGACAAGAUCAAUAUAUGUUUUAAUAUAUUUUGAUAAAAAGAAUUCAUUCUAUAUGUGUAGUUAUGCUAAAAUAUCUUAUAUAUGGGGCUAUUGUCCCUGUUGCAGCAGUCGACUUGAGAACAAAGUACACGUCUUAACGAAUCAUGUGAAUCGGGUUAUAUAACGUAACGGUAAAAAAAAUCAAAGCCUUGUAUUUAAUAUCUCAUUUGUAGGUUGUUAGCUGAUGCCAACGAUUAAAGAGAAACAUUUAACGGAGACAACUGCUUAAUUUAAUUUAUUUUUUGUUAUUGUGGGGGAGAGGCUGGCACAAAUUACUCGUUAAAAUUGAGUGCAGUUUUAAGUCACUAUGCUCUCUUUCUCAUCGGUAAAAUUUAAGCGAAAUUCAUGGCAUACAUCUUGGCGUCAAUACAUUAUUGACAAUUUAACCCGUUGUGAUAAUGUACAUAAAACAAAAGAGUGCGGCGUAAUUAUUUAGAAUCUGUCUUAUUCAUUUCAAACGGUAACAAAAUCGUGUGUUGCUUAAACUUAAAGCUUGUUUCUGUUCCGAGCGAGUUAUUUCGAACGGUGUUUACAUGAUCGCCAUGAUCAUUGUGACUGUCAUUGGUCUUAUUUUCUGUGUCCUAAGUUGUUUCGCCAACACUUAUUUUUUUCCAUCGGCUUCAUUGUUUCAACCCUAGUCAUUUCGCCGCCUCCCACUCCAACAUAAGCUACUUUGCUUACUUUGUUUUGAUUUAUUUUUUAGCAGUCACAUAAACAACCAAGCUAUGAAAUAUGGAACUCAUACACCCAUUAUUGCUGCUUCUUCAUGUAUUUGCGUGAUGAUGAUCUGAAAUAUUAACUUUAUGAUGCUAUAUUCCUAAAUCUUUUUCUAUAAAGAAGAAAUGUAGUUGACACUUGUUCGUAGUUUCAUUUCAUCGUUCCUCAAAAUGUUGUAGCUCUGUUGCUCUGGUCUCUUUCCUACCAUUGAGUAAUUAAAUGGUAAUUAAAUUGAAUGCGUUUUAAUUUCCUUUUAUUAUUGUUUAAUUUGAGUUGCAAUGCUAUUAGGUUAAACUUUAUUUACACUUAAAUGUAUCAUGAAUAUUGCUGGGCCAAGUGUGAGGUUGAGCGCUCUAAAACCGGUUCAAACCCCUAAUGCUUUGCAUUGACCGUUCCAAAGCGGUGACCCCAGCUUUAUUUUUUUAUGUGUUAUGUAUGUUGUUUUGUAUUGUUCUGUUUUUUGCUGUUUUGUAUAUAAUGAGAAUUCAAUACUGCUCCAGCAGCUGGAGUUUAACUUCUUUAUAUUGAACCAUUGUUGUUAAGCUCUGUAUACAACAUGUAUUCGUAAAAACAAAUAAAUGUACUUGUUUGUUAGAAAUAUGUCUUGCCCGCAGUAAUUCUCACCUUUCUGCUUUUUAGAAAUACCGGGCAAUACAAUUGAGAAUAACUGUGUUAAAGAAUUUAUCAAUUGAUUUUGUCAAUAAUGAUUGUAUAUAUACAUGAUGAAGCAAUUGUGUGUAAAUUAAGUAACACUCAAUUGCAAAACAAGUACCAUUGCCAAUAAUAUAAGAAUAAAAAACUGUAAUUUUGCCUUUUUUUAAAUUGACAAAAUAUUAUAUAUUUUUAGUUUAAUGUUUAUCUGGAAGUUAAACAACAAUAUUUGCAUACAAUAUGUACACAGCAGAUCGUAUUGUUAUUAAAAUGUCUUCCAACGUG